AUGUCUGAAGACAAGUACGUCGCUGGUUUGCGCAAGAACAAGGACUGGGCUGCCCAGACCGCGCGCGAGCACCCCGACCUCUUCCCUACCCUUGCCAAUGGCCAGCAGCCCCAGAUUCUGUGGCUCGGCUGCUCUGACUCACGAUGUGCCGAGACCUCCAUGCUCGGUCUGCUUCCCGGUGACGUCUUCGUCCACCGCAACAUCGCCAACAUCCUGCACCCCGGUGACCUGAGCUCGGGCGCCGUCAUCGAAUACGCUGUCAAGCACCUGCGUGUCAAGCACGUCGUUGUUUGCGGUCACACAUCCUGCGGUGGUGUCGCUGCCGCCAUGGGCAGCAAGCAGCUCGGCAUCCUGGACCCUUGGUUGCUCCCUCUUCGCCAGGUGCGCGAGCGCAACCUCGCCACUCUGCAGAAGCUGCCGGCCGACGAGGCGGCCGAGAAGCUGGUCGAGCUCAACGUGCGCGAGAGCUUGAACGUCGUGACUCAGAAGAGUGUCGUGCUUGAGGCCAUUCAAGAACGUGGUCUCCAGGUCCAUGGUCUGAUCUACGAAGUUGGCUCUGGUGUCCUUCGGGAGUUGGACACCUCCGACUCGGAUGAGACGAUCAAGGCCCGAUUGGUGGCCUUCAAGACCGAAGCUUGA